AUAUUUUGGAUCUUAUUAUUAAAAAGAAAAUGCUAUCCAGAGGCUUUAGACCUAUUACAAGGUUUUCAAGAUUCUUCUCAAUGAAUGUUUCAGUAGGCACUCCAGGAGAAAAGAUUACUACCAAGGGUGUUCAGUUUGGAGAGACAGGUAAACCCAUUUAUUUGGAUAACCAAGCCACCACUCCUCUUGAUCCCAGAGUGCUCGAUGCUAUGAUGCCAUACAUGACUAACCAGUUUGGUAACCCUCACUCUCGCUCUCACUCCUUCGGCUGGGAAACCGAAAAAGCUGUCGAGAAAGCCAGAAGACAACUUGCCGACCUCAUUGGUGCCGAAAAACGAGAAAUCAUCUUUACUUCUGGUGCCACUGAAAGCAAUAACAACAUCAUCAAAGGCGUCGCCAACUUCUACAAGUCAAGGAAAAACCACAUCAUUACUUCACAGAUUGAACACAAGUGAGUGCUCGACAGCUGCAGGUUCUUAGAGAGGCAAGGCUUUGAAGUCGACUAUUUGCCUGUUAACGAGAAUGGUCUCAUCGACCUUGACCAACUGCGUGAGACCAUCCGUCCAACCACAUCCAUCGCAUCAAUAAUGAUGUGCAACAACGAAAUCGGAGUUGUGCAGCCAGUCAAAGAAAUCGGCCAGAUUUGCAGAGAACACAAAGUCUUCUUUCACACUGACGCCGCCCAGGCCGUCGGAAAAAUGCCUGUCAAUGUUAAUGACAUGAACCUCGACUUAAUUUCGAUAUCGGGUCACAAGUUGUAUGGGCCCAAGGGAGUCGGAGCCAUGUACAUCCGGAGAAGACCCAGAGUGCGCCUGGAAGCUCUGAUGAGUGGUGGUGGUCAAGAAAGAGGACUCCGUUCAGGCACCCUCGCUCCACACUUGGUCGUCGGACUCGGAGCUGCUGCUCAUGUGUGCAGCCAAGAGAUGGACAACGACCACAGAUGGAUUUCUCACCUUAAAGAUAGGUUUCAGUCUAAAAUUACUGCUGAGUUGACUCACAUCAAACUCAACGGAGACGAAGCUUCCAGAUACUGCGGGAACCUCAACUACUCAUUCGCAGGUGUCGAAGGAGAAAGCUUGUUAAUGGCCAUGAAGCAGGUUGCCAUCAGCAGUGGGUCUGCUUGCACCAGCGCUUCUCUGGAGCCAUCAUAUGUGCUGAGGGCACUCGGGCUCGAAGAUGACAUGGCCCACACAAGCAUGAGAUUUGGGUUUGGAAGAUUCACGACAGAAGAGGAAGUAGACUUUGCUGCAGACAACUUGACCACAGCAGUGAAGAGGCUCAGAGAAAUGAGUCCACUUUGGGAUAUGAUCCAAGAGGGUAUAGAUUUGAGUUCGAUUAACUGGACCCAACCACAUUAGCAUUCUAAGUGAUAAGAAAGAUUAGCCAAUAUUAUAUAAA